AUGACACGUGUAUGUGUAAUCGGAGCGGGAGCAGCGGGCCUUUGCGCUGCCCGCCAUCUGUUGGUCGAACCAAGCGUGGCUACAGUCGAUGUGCUGGAACAAGCGGCGCAACUCGGCGGGACCUGGGUAUACACGGAGAAUGUGGGUUAUGAUGACUUUGGACUACCCAUACACACAAGCAUGUACAAAAGCCUAAGGACAAACCUGCCUAAGGAAAUUAUGGGCUUCCCAGAUUUUCCUGUCCCGGAGAGUGAGAAGUCAUAUCUGCCCGCCAAGGACAUGCUGGCGUUCCUACAGCUGUAUUCGGAUAAAAAUGGGGUCACGCCGUACAUUAAAUUCAAACACCAUGUCCAACUAGUGAAACCAAAGGAAGGUCCAAACGGAGAGCUGUGGGAUGUCAGCUUCAAGGACCUGACAACCGGCGUCUCAGAGACUAGGGAAUACGACUACGUGUUUGUUUGUAAUGGACACUAUAACACGCCGUUCAUACCCAGUAUACCAGGACUUAAGGAGUUUAAAGGCGACGUGAUGCACAGUCACGACUACCGCGUCCCGGAUCUCUUCACGGGUAAACGCGUCCUGGUGAUUGGAGCCGGACCGUCGGGCAUGGACAUCGCGCUGGAGGUGACCAGCGUGGCGCAGAAGGUGGUGCUGAGUCAUCACCUCAGCGAACGACCACGCACGGUCUUCCCCGACAAUCUGGUACAGAAGCCCGACGUCGAACGCCUUGAUGGAAACACCGCAUAUUUCAAGGACGGUUCAGAAGAAGAGGUUGACGUGGUCUUCCUUUGCACUGGUUACAUGUACAACUUCCCGUUCCUGCACGAAUCCUGCGGCAUCGUGGUGAAAGAGAACUGCGUGGAGCCGCUGUACAAGCACCUGGUCAACAUUCACCAUCCCACCAUGUGUCUGGUCGGGGUCCCUUACUACGUGUGCGCGUUUUCCAUGUUCGAUCUACAGGUGCGGUACUACGUGCAGGCGAUGAAAGGCGUGUUCUCGCUGCCGCGGCGCGACGAGAUGCUGCGGCACCGGCGCCGCGAGGUGCGCGAGCGCGCCGCGCGCGGCCUCACGCGGCGCCAGGCGCACAUGAUGGGCCCCGCGCAGGCUGGGUACUACGACAGCCUCUCGCAGGAGUCUGGCGCCGCGCCCCUGCCGCCCGUCCUCACUGAAGUCCACAACGAUAGCAGCCUCAAGUUCCUCCACAAUCUCACACAUUACAGGGACGACGUUUACCGCUUGAUCGAUAACAACAGUUUUGUUUGCUAUCAGGAGCGGUACUACGCUUCAUUGGCCUCUGAAGCGGGAACGAAAAACCUGCCGUCCGUGAUCACAAAAAUACGGGAGGAGAGCUCCAUCAGGUUCCUUCACAAUUUGAAGCACUAUCGACAAGACGUGUACAAAAUAAUCGACGACAACACCUACGAAGUUAUAAGUAAUGGGAAAAGUGAAAUUCUUUGUUGA